AUGGCCAAGGAGUUCUCUGAUCGCGAUGAGCUUGUAAGCAAGAGAACUAGUGGUAAGACUGUGGCGAAGGUGGAGAGUGGUGAAGAAUCGAGCUUGGUUGAAGCCGAUGAAACCGUUGAUGAUGAGAUUGAGAUGGAAUCGGAACCAGUCGUGAAGACACCGGCCGUUCCAUCCAAGACUGCUGAGAAGACUCCUGUUGAGAAACCACCGGUUAAACCGUAUCAGCCAAAGAUACCUUUUCCUCAACGAUUAAGGAAAGCAAAGAUCAAGGAAAAUUGUAAAAAAAAGAAGUUAGAAGAGGCAAAGACAACUGUACUGAGUGCCGAGGUGUCAGCUAUCAUCAAGAAUGAGAUUCCUCCUAAGUUAGAAGACCCAGGGAGUUUUCUUAUCUCUUGUGCUUUUGGUGCUGUAUUGUAUAAGGCGUUAGCCGAUUUAGGGGCUAGCAUAAAUUUAAUGCCUUAUUCUGUGUACAAAAGAUUGUCUUUAGGUGAUUUGACCCCUACCUGCAUGAGCAUUAGGCUGGCGGAUCGUUCAUUCCAAUAUCCCAUGGAGAUAGCGGAAAAUUUGCAAAUUAGGGUAGGUCACAUGAUAUUCCCGGUAGAUUUUGUUGUUCUUGAAAUGGAGGCGGAUAUUAAUGUCCCUCUAAUUCUUGGCCGACCAUUCCUCAUGACCGCGGAUGCUAUCAUCCGUGUUAAAGCUAAGGAGAUUUCCUUAGGGGUUGGCGAUGACCGGGAUUGA